AUUGCGGCAGGUACAACCUCAUUCUGUUCACCAAACACCCGAAUGCAAAUGAAGUGUAAAAGACAAGGAAAAAGACAAUUAAUUAUUGUUCGUAUUUGUAAUUGUAUUCCAAUUCCGAAUCCUCGCUGAAAACGUGAACGAUGAUCAAUAUCACAUAAACAGAAAACCAUGAAAGAAGAAGAAUACCUUUGAUUUUCCAUCACUUUCUCGGGAAAAUAUUUCUUCCUCUUUUUCUAUUUGUUUUUUCUAGCCGCGCGAUGGAUCCAGAGCAGACCUUCAUACGCGUGCAGGAGAGGUUUUCGCAGAUGCUGACACCAAAAGUCCGAGUUGCUUUGGAGUACUUUUACCUAGUCGUUGCCAUCACCUUGUUCUGUAUUCUUGUUGUUAUGCACGCCAAUUACGUUCAGCAGCCUGGGUGUUCAAGUGAGCUAUCUGGAGUCGUAACAACAGAAGCUCAACUUAUUCAGAUUAAGAUAACCAGUUCCAGCUUGUGGUCUCAUAAUGAUUCUGAAUCGAACAGAGUUGAUCCUCCUGAAACAGAAAUUAUAAAAGAUAAAAUAGAGGUUUCUGAUGUCAAUGGAGAUGAAUUGACAUUUUUGGCUUCCAAGUUUUGGUGGAACUGGAUUGGUUCAGGGGCUAGGAGGGGAAAAUUGGUGUUCAAGUUUUGGAAGGCUAACACUGAGUUUCUUGAACAUCAAGCUGAAACCUCUACAAGUCAAAACUCCAGGCCAGUAGAAGAUGCUGUCAUCAAAAUUGAUAAAGAGGAGUCACGAAAUAGUUUUACUUUAUCAGCCAAAGAGACAUUAAAAGCAGCAGGUAUACAUUUUGGUAAAAAGUGGUAUAGGCGAAUCUCAUUCAUUUGGAAACACACAAUGCAGAUAAUUGGUAGUUUCCAGAAGCUGUGGAAUAUUGCUGGUAUACACCUAAAUCUUGAUAUUCCCAAAUGGAUGCAUAUCCUUCAACUGGACAAGCUUAACUCUAAUGCAGUGCAGUGGCUUAAAAAGAAAAGCGAGUCAUUUGAACCCACAUAUUUGUACACUAUGGAAAAGGGAUAUUUUUUAUUGCCUGAAAGUGCUAAGUCUCAUCAUAACAUACGUACUGUGAAUGUUAGCAUAUUACCUUGGCACUCCUGCUUUGGAAACAGGUGGCAGCAACUACUCAUAAACAGAUUUGUGGGAUAUGAUACAAUUUUAAUCAACAGUUUAUUGAGCUCUCCUGGUCAAGGUUAUCUUUAUAAUUUUCAAACAAAGGAAUUCUAUAAUCUUAGUUAUGCUCAAGAAGCUCCGGAAGGCCCGGCUAGAUUUGGAGACUACCUUGUAACCAAGUGUGGCGUGCUUAUGAUGUCCUUGUUUGUGUUUUUUACUACCACAAUGUCUGUGUCAUUUACAUUGAGAGAAACACAGACUCGCAUGCUGAAGUUUACGGUGCAGCUUCAACACCAUGCUCGGCAUCGCCUUCCGACAUUUCAGCUGAUCUUUGUGCAUGUGAUUGAAUCACUAGUCUUUGUUCCUAUUAUGAUUGGUAUUCUGUUUUUUCUCUUUGAGUUUUAUGAUGAUCAACUACUUGCCUUCAUGGUCUUGAUUCUUGUCUGGUUGUGUGAACUAUUUACUCUCAUUAGUGUCCGAACACCAAUAUCAAUGAAGUUCUUCCCUCGUUUCUUUUUACUGUAUUUUCUGGUCUUUCACAUAUAUUUCUUCUCUUAUGCUUAUGGUUUUUCAUAUUUGGCUCUCUCUACAACUGCUGCUUUUAUGCAACACCUUAUCCUGUACUUUUGGAAUCGGUUUGAGGUACCAGCUUUGCAGAGGUUUAUGCAAAAUCGACGGUCACAACUUCAACAACCUGACUUCCACAUUACAUCAUCUACUAUUCUUGCAUCAACGUUGCAAAUCACAAGAUUGAAUACAAGGAAUCAGGGAUUAAGUAACACAGAUUUGCCUUCCGGAACAGGGUUCAGAUCUGGUUUUGAUCAAUCAAUGCCUCAGAAUGGACCAGGAGCUACUAUCCCUCAAGGGCGGUCAGAAAAUAAUCCAGACAGGGUUGCUAACCCUGCACAGAUUCCUGGGCAAGCUGACAUUCCACAAGCAGAAAGCGGUCCCGACCCUGGAUCCAUGAAUUCAUUCAGUUCUUUGUUACUGUGGAUCUUAGGAGGUGCUUCAUCGGAGGGCCUCAAUUCCUUUUUUUCCAUGUUCAGAGAUGUGAGAGAUCAAGGACAAGAUUUUACUGAAACUCCUGGCAUUGUAAACCCUGAGGGUCAGGAUAAUAAUGACAGAUAGCGAGGAAAAGUUUAGAUUUUGAGUGGAGAUCUAGUUAAUAUAUGAAUGAUGUACUUGAUAUCAUAUAGGUGAUUGGACUACUUUCUCGUUGGUCCAAAUGAAAAUAUAUA